AUGCUGUUGUGUUGGAAAGAUUUGGGGAAGCACUUGCUGGAGGCUGAGGAUCUACUCCAGAAACACUGCCUCCUAGAGGCAGAUAUCUCAGUGCAGGCUGAGCGAGUGAAGAGCCUCAAUAUGGCUGCCCUGGAGUUUACCGAAUUGGAAGGUUACCAGCCGUGCGACCCACAGGUCAUCCGCAACCGGGUCCAGCACGUCAGCAGCUGCCUGGAGGAGUUGCAGCGGCUGGCGUCGUGUCGUAGGGCGGAGCUGGAGGGCUGGCGCCGCCUCUGGGAGUUCUUCCAGGAGAUGGAGGAGGCGGAGGGCUGGAUCCACGAGAAAGAGCAGGUCAUCUCCUCGGCCCACUGCGGCAAGGACGUGGACAGCGCCACCCGGCUGCUGACCAAGCACGAGGCGCUGAUGGGGGAGUUGGUGGCUCGGUGUGGCCUCCUCACCCAGACCAUCACCAAGGGCGAGCAGAUCCUGGCGCAGAAACACUUCGGCACCGGCAACAUCCAGGAGCGGAUCCUGGAGGUGCGGCUCCAGUGGAAAACGCUGGACGAGUUGGUGACUCUGCGGCAGCAGCGGAUCCAGGAGGCACUCGGCUUCUUCCAGUUCAAGGCCGAGGCGGACGACCUGGAGCUGUGGCUGCAGGACGCCUACCGCUUGGCCUCCAGCGACGACUUUGGGCACGACGAGUACUCCACCCAGUCGCUGGCCAAGAAGCACCGGGGCCUGUCCGAGGAGAUCGAGCAGCACCGGCAGACAGUCCACACCCUGCGCACUCAGGCCAGCGGCCUGGCCCCCGAGUACCUGGAGUCGGGCGAGGUGCAGAGCCGGGUGUCAGAGCUGGAGACCCUCUACGCUGAGGUGAAGGAGGUGGCAGGCCUACGCAGGCAGUGGCUGCAGGACGCCCUGGCGGUUUACCGCAUGUUCACCGAGGUCAACGCCUGUGAGCUCUGGAUCGACGAGAAGGAGCAAUGGUUCAACAACAUGGAGGUCCCUGGGACACUGGAGGACCUCGAGCUGGUCCAGCAGAG